GAAAGAAGUGCCGGGCGGGAGGCAAGAGCAGCAGCCACCGCCGCCCCGGCGGAGGACAACGCGGGGGAGGGCGGGAGGCAGCCCGGGCAGCGGCGGCUGCCGUGGCCGUCCCGAGGAGGCACCCAUGCGGCGGAGCGUGAGGAGGCGGCGGCGGCGGCCCCAGGCGGCCCCGGCGGCGGCGGCCCCGGGCGGCGGCCCCCGGGCCAGAGGAGGUGACGGGCCGGCGGCGGAGCGGGAGGAGAAGGUGGUGUACUCGCGCUCGCAGCUGUCCCUGGCCGGCAGCACCAAGGCGCUGGGCGACGCCUUCAAGCUCUUCAUGCCCCGCAGCACCGAGUUCAUGAGCUCGGACGCCGAGCUCUGGAGCUUCCUCUGCAGCCUCAAGCACCAGUUCUCCCCGCACAUCCUCCGCAGCAAGGACGUCUACGGCUACUCGUCCUGCCGGGCCCUGGUCCCGGACCCCCCGGGACCCCCGCCCGCGGCCAACAGCCAGCCCGCUCGCGGGGGGGAGCCGCCGUCGCCGCCGCUGCCGUCGCCGCCGUCCCGCCGGCCGGCCCCCGGAGCGGCGGCCAGGAGGAGGCGCCGAGGAGCCGGAGCCGCCAAGAGAGCCAGGAAACAGCCGCCGCCGCCGCCGCCGCCGCCGCUGCCCGCAGCGCCCCAGCCCGCGCCCGUGCCCCCGCCGCGCCCCGAGCCCUCGCCGCUGCCCCCCGCCCUGCCCGCGCCCCCGUCGCCGCCCCCGCUGCUGCCGCCGUCGCUGCCCCACGCGGGCCGCUUCGGGGGCCGGACCCUGGAGGAGAUCUGGAGGGCCGCCACCCCGGUGCUGACCACCUUCCCCACCAUCCGCGUCGGGCACGACGUGUGGGGCGAGCGGAGCCUGGCGGCGGCGCGGCGCAGAGCCCAGCAGGUCCUGCGAGUGAACCUGGAGCCCGUGGUGAGGCUCCGCCGCUUCCCCGUGGCCACGUCCUGAGACUCGCGAGGGGACCGACCCCUGCCCCGGCCCCCUACCCCGCCUCCAUCCCUCUCCCGUCCACCCCGGCGCGGCUCCCCGUCCGCCGGCGGGGGGACUCGUCUCUUCCACUUCGUGGGACUCCCCACCGCUGUUCUCCCCGACUUUUCAACCCAAGGAGCCGCUGCCUCCGCUGCCCCGCCGCCGCCUCCCCUGGGGACUGAGCUUCCGCCAGGAGAAAUGAACAAGUGUCAGUCUAGUGUUUACAAUUCCGGCCUGGACCGUGUCCCCUUAGUGCACUUUAUGGGCAAAGAAGGUUCAUCUGAUUGCUUCCCCCGCUCCCCAUCCCGGGAUGAAGGAACUGCCCGCGUCUCCCUCCUCUGCGUCUUCACCUGGAUUCCGCGGGAUGGAGGAGACACACACCUGGACUCCCGAAGAGGCAGGACCGCAUCCUUCCCCCACCCUCACCCCUAGACUGAGAAGUCGCCCGGACUCUAGGGGACAGAUCCGUUUUCUCCCUUUUGGACUCUACCUCACUGGUCUGGAAGUCCACCGAAGAAGUCAUUAUUUUUCCAAAGGAAUUUUGUUUCAUGCUUGUAUAAUAAAGCCAGAUUUUACUUAGCUUAUUUCUUUUCCACCACCACCACUACCGCCACCCCUCUUUCUGGACGGAGGAUUAUGGAUAUUUUGUGGUAUUGCACUAAUAUGUGCUCAGGGUAUUCUGAAUCCCAUGUGUUCCCCAGUUUUUACUGGCUCCUGGAGCUUUGACCUAAGUACACGUUUUUAAAAGGUUCAGGGCUUUUAAAGACCGUUAUUGGUGCAAGGAUUUGUAUGGCUUUGAGUUUCAUGGGCUCAGUGAUUAUAAAGAGUCACAAAAUGGAACUGUUUAAACAUUUUUUAGUCAUUUUUAAAAUUUUUAUAUCUGAAUUAAGUUUAUAUUUACUGAGCACCUGAAGAUAAUAGUAGCAUACUGGUUUUUUUAUACCAUUUUGUUUAGAAAAAGCUGACUUGUUAAAUUCAGUUAAAAUGAAUAAAAAUUUAAAUGCAUUGAAACAACAUGGUUGUGAUGAAAAAUGAACUAAUUUUUAAAGAACCUACUGUUGGUUACAUCGGUAAUAAAUAUAUGGCACCAAACAAAACUGGAGGUAUAUUGGCCUGGGUCCGUGUAGUCUAGUAUACAAAACCAGCAAGAUUAUUCUAAGCAGAAGGAUUUGUAAAUGAGAAAUGAAUGUGUAUGAGUUAAUUCUUAUUAUAAUGGUAGUCAGAAUAUACAAAUUAAUUUUAUAACUUUUGCAGUAAUGACCAAGAGGGGUGAGAGCAUUUCUUGGUUUUAAUAAUUGGUUGUAAUUGAAAUUGGGCAAAAUAGCCGCUUUUUAUUUUUUUGGUUGUUAGAUAACAAGAGAUGCCCAACCUAGCAGUCAUCACUUUUUUUUCUUCCCAAAAAAAUCUCUCAACAUUAUGACAAAAACGAGCUGUUGAUCUUGUGUUUAAGAUAAAAGUUUGGAUUCCUCUUUCCAUUCAUAAUUAUCUGCAGUUCUGGUCUUUUUCUAUCAGCCUAAGACCAUAAUAACCAACAGGCUAGCCACAUUUAAUGCUAACCCUUCAAUUACUGUUUUAUAUUAGUGUUUAUGCUCGGGCCAAAUGUGGGAUUCUAGAUUAUCCAAGUGCCUUUGGUAAUGGUGGCAGCAAGACUUAAUGGUUUGUAGCCAGUGGUGCCAUAACCAGUUAUCACUGCAAUACCUAAAGGGUCACGUAGUGUUUUUUUGUACCACUAUCUUUCAAGAUUUUAAUUAUUCUGCCAUGGAAAAAUCCAUUCCAGGCUGGAACUUGGCAUAUGAAAUCCUCAGUAUUGAGGUUUAACUCUGCUUGGCAGCUUUUUAGGGAGUAUAAGGAAAGAGUUGCAUUUUUGACUUUUAUAUUCCUAGAACUCAUAUUGGCUUAGCUUUUGAAAUGAGAUCUUGCAGACUCAAUAAUAGUCCAUAGUAUUUUUUUGGUGAUUUUUUUUUUCUCGUAUAAAGAAUGACUUCAUGCCAGUUUUUACAGCAAUCUUCUCAUGGUCCGUAAUUCACUUAUUAUUCAAUGCCUUUUUUGUUGUUGUUUAAUCAUACAGUCACAUGAGUAAAUAAAAGUGGAUAAUUUAUUAGAUGAUGAAGAAAUGUUAAAUUGUAACUAUUAUGGAAGCCUAGAUUUAUCUUUUGGGUUACAAGUUUCAUACCUAGUUGUAUUUCAGAUGCAUAGCAUUCCUUUCAAAGAACCUAGUAUUAAUUUUUAGGUAUGUGAUGCCAUUUUAUGUAGUUUUACAAGAUUUUAAGUUUUCAAAAACAUACCUAAUGGCCAUUUUAGAAUGUGACUGCAGUCUGUGUAGGUUAUCCAGAUAUUUCCUAGAUGAUUUUGAAAUCAGAUUUCUCUCGGAGGUUGAAUUUUGUAAUUCUUGCUCAGCACAUAACUAUGAAACAAUUGUUGACACCAUGUAUUUAUUUUGAAUGAGGUUCUUAAUUUCUUUUCUUCUUGUGCUUUUGAAAUUUAGUAAAUCUGUGACUUGCCUAAAUGCUUCCCUAGAUUAUUUAAGCUUCCUUGGUUUCAGUUGGAUGUAAUUGCCCACCCUGAGUCCAAUAUGUAAUUUAUAUGAUCUCACAAAACAAUGCCAUUUCUAGUUUGUGAAGUAUGGUGUGAAAUUUUUAUUUUUGCCAAGUUUUUUUUUUUUAAAUAAAGCCAAUGUAAUUUCUAAAAUAUGAAGAAGCCUCUAAUGUAGUUGAUAAGUACAAUAUUUUUGGCAACUGUGUGGAAGGUAAAUCUUAGCACAAUGGCCUUUAUUGGCAGGGGAGGGUAGGAGCACUCAUUCACCACCACUGUCUAAAGUAAAUAUGUAGUUUAGUUUGUAUAAAAUACCUUUAGGAACCCUAAAUCUCAUGAUUCUCAUUCAUUCUCUUGCCUUCUCUUAUCUUUACAUCUCACAUGGCACAAAUGGAGUGUAAGCUAGAAAGGAAUUUACCAACCUUUCUUGCCAUAUUUUUUUGAGUGCCUAAGUAUGAUGGGUGCUUUAAAUAAUAUUUAGAUUCUUUAUUAUCACUUUGACCCUACUUCCUGCCAACCAGCAUCCUACUUCCCUGACUAGAAACCUAUAAACUGAUGAUUGUUGAGGGCAUACUUCAUUGUUGAUAGCUGAGUGUUGCCGUUGUGAUGUGUAUUUAUUUUGUCCAAUUUGAACACUCUAUUGGACAUGUAUAACUUUGAUGCUGGUGGCUGACAGCUCUUGACCCAAUGUGUAAAUCAUAGGAUUAUUUUUUUCUGAGAACUCCUAAAUAGAAAUACAUUUUAAAAUAUUUGAAUACAAAAAGUUCAAGUAAUUAUGAAAUUCAUUGUAGAUUUUUUAAUAUCAGCGUUGCCACAGCAGUCUUGAAUUUGAUGGUUUUUAAUGGAGAUAUAUAAAAUACUUGCUUUAGAUUGGUGUGUUAAAGCCUUUUCUAUAGACUGUUAUGUCUUAAGUGCAUUAGAAAGCAAUUGUUCGUGAUGGAACUGAAGUGUUUCCCUGGACAGUUCUAUUUGAUGUGGAUAUGAUCAAGGUUUAUAAUCUGGUUGUAUUUUGCUCUUUAAUUUAUUGACUGUAAAUAAAUUUUAGAGAAUACUCCGUCUACUUUCAGUGUCUGUUACUAGUGUUGAUAAAGGUUUUGGUUCGGGUUGUGUUGACAUGUGAACUAGAAAAAUUUUAUAUUUAAAAUGAUAAGAUUUCCAUGGAAAACUUUAAAUUUUUGGAAGCCUUCAAAUAGGUAGUUUAAUGCCUUGCUUUGUGUGUUUAUUCUCCUUUUUACUGAUUUCAUGUACCCUGGGGCAAAUUUUGGAAGCAAUAAUUCCCCAUGUCAUUUGAUUCAGAGUGUAUAUGCUUCAUUUCUAGGAAUUACCUAAUGAAGCAUUUCCCCCAAGCUACUGGUUUACAGAAGAAUAUGUUCAGUCUUCCAUAUCUGUUGCUAAAGAGUGUUUUCAAAGUGCAUCAAAAUUUAUCCAUGAAUCUCAUGUGCUAAGGGAAAUUUAAUUCAAUACAUGCAUCCUUCUUUCUGUGUAGCACUCCUAGGGGUGAGAAUGAUAGAAAGGUUGGAUAAGACAGUGGUUGUCCUCUUGGAGCUUGCAUUCUAAUACCAGAAUUUGAUACAAAUAAAAGUAAUUAUACUAUUUACUUUUAAGAGAGUGCUUUAGUGAGGUGAAAUUAAGGUGCUAUGAAAACCUUGCCUCCUGGUAAUCAGACCUUCUAUUUUGGACUGGGAAAACUGAUGACAGAUUACUACCCCACAGCAUGAGCAGAAGCUCUAUUCCAUAGUGUAAGAGUAGGAUCCAAAGUUCCUAUCAUAGUUUAGUAAGGUGAUAAUACAUAUUUACACAGAUUUUAUGCUGUAUAGGAAAGUGGCAAGAUUUGUUUGUAGUAUGCCAUAUUGAGUUGUAUGGGUAUUAGACUUUGGAUUAAACCAUGUACCUGAGCUCCCCUCAGUAUUCAACUGUGAAUAUAACCUUGGGUAUAUGAUAUUCAGCCCAUCCAGAAAGUAAGGAAAAAUGAAAAGACAAUAGGAAAAUGUAACCAUUAUAGACACCUACAAACAGUUAAUAAAAUGGCAACUUACAAAGGAAUUUGAUUUAUUCUUUUUCCCUGUGAGUGUACCAACUUAGUUAAAAAUGAGGAAGAUCAUGAUGUUUGUUACAUUUGGGUUCCAUUCAUAUAAUAUCAUGUAGACCUUCCUAAGGGAAAUUGCUGCUCACAGUUUCUCUGCAAGCCAUUAUAGGCUAUAAUGUGUUCUAAGCAAUACUUAGAGAAUUGGUAAGUGGUAGGUUAAAGUCAGAAAGCCAAAGACUUAUGAAUAAUAGCCUUUUAAAAGCUUUUGCUCUAUUUAUAUGACCUAUUUAGAAUUUGACUAAAUUGAUUUAAAUGUUCCUUUAGGAUCAUGUUGUUUUAUUCAUGUGUACCUUACCAAGUGGUCAACAUUAGUACCUACAAAUGAUAUACUUCCCUCCAGGAAUAUUCAGGGAGCCAGUUCAAAUAGGAUGUCCAUUUGUUACAUUUUAAGUAUGAGCAUUUAUACCUCAGAAAUCACAAACAGUGAAGGAGGGCUGAUUUAUUUGUUGAUUUCUAGCCUUAAAGCAAUGGAGAAAAUGUUGAUAAUGCAGUAUAUCCCUUCUUUAUUAAGAGAAUUAAAAUGACUAGAAGAGUUAUUUUUUGCAAGAACACAAAAUCACUGCUGAGAAACAAAAUAGUUUAAUAUUUAAAGCAAUGGCUUAAAUGUACAUUUUAAUACUUUGGGUAUAAAACUUUCAAUUCAACUUUGUUUUUUAAUAGUACAGGGAAUAAUGAACACAUUUUGUCUUGAUAAGCAUCCCUAAGUUACAGUAGCUAAACUUAAUGCAAGAGAAAAGUUUCCCUAAAAAAAGCAUUAUGUGGACAUUUUCCAGAAGCAAGGAGCUCUAAAUUGAGCUUGAUUAUAGAUUUCACAAAAGCAAUAUACUUUUACUUUCAAUACUCCCUUCUAUCUUGCUAAAUGCCAUUCUAGACCAUGAUUUACAUAAUGAUAAAUACCUCCAAGGUCUGACUUGAGGAUAAACAUAGUUCUUAAUAACGGCAAAGACUAUAGUUAGCAUAGCAAAUGUUGUCUAUACAAGUAUUCUGCUAGGUUUAAAAGUCAGUCCUCUUUUGCUAUGGAAUGUCCGCACUUGGAGAUUUUAAUUUAAGAAUCUUCCUAGUGGUGGAAGUAACUGUCUACAGUAUUUGUUUUCUUUCUAGCUUUAUGAAGAUUGUUUUCAAGUGCAUAGUUGUUUUUAGUUUUUAUAUGCCAGUCGAAAGUAGAAAGCACUGGACUGUAUUCUAAUUCCAGCUAUAUUACUAAUGAGCUCUGUGACACUGAAUAAAUCAUUUAACCUCUUUGGACAUCAGUUUCUUCAUCUGUAAAAUAAGGGGUUUCAGUUAAAUGAUCUGUAGGGUUCGUCAGUUUUAAAAAUCUGUGAAUCUUUAAAACAUAUCCAUAAAGCUAAAGGAUGCCUGAGAUUGGUUGUAAACUAUUUUUGUUUUUUAAUUUGUGAAAUAGAAACUUGAAGUUUCAGUGAUUCGCUUAUAAAAGAGUAAUUUUUCUAUUUAUAAAAAUAACAGCCUUAUAAAUGUAUGUUAUACUACUUUUGUUAAUCAUAACUACUGAUAUUUAAUUACUUGUGUCAUUUUGGUAGAAAAGGUGGUUGUUUUUUUCUGAUUAAAAUCCAAAAAGCAAGUUUGAUCAUUCUUUUUUUUAGCACCUUUACAAAGGAAAAAGUAUGAACGUAUUUUGGGAUGUGUAUUCCUUUUCCUCAAAGUGCCAGUAGCAUUCAAUUUGAUAUGUGUACUGGAUCUUGGACUCAUAACACUAAUUUCAACAGUGGUUUGUUUUGUCAUUAUUGUGAACAUAUUGAGCAUAAGUUUUCUUCCAUAUAUAGUUUUGCUUUACUUAAUAUUGUUGUGUUUUUUUUUAAUGAAAAAGUGAAUCUGGAAUCACCAGGGAAUGAAGUGUUGGGCUACAACAGAGAGUGUAUUGAAUUAGAAAUCAUGAGAUUUGGGUUUUAGCCUUGAGUAUUACUAAAUAGGUGUUGACUAGUUCAGCUUCCUUAACCUCUAUGGCUUUCCAUUUCAACUACAAAGUGGGGGGAAGGGGGGAAGUACAGUAGGUAGGGAUGAAGAGGAUUGUGAUAUAGGGCAUGGACUGACUAAAUGACGUGUAAAUGUUCUUUUACUUAUAAUAGCCUAUGUUACCACAUCUUUUUAAUAUCACUGAAUAUCCUCAAGUAGAAUAUAUUAAAAGUGAUUUAACCUAUUCCUGCUGACUUAGAGUCAUGAGGUAUGACUAUAAAUUAUCAUACUGUGCUUUGAUACAUCGAUACAGUAUCACUUGUGAUGUGUUAAAUAGAGCUAUUUGUUUAUGUGCUGCAAGAUACCAGAUAACUAUUUUCUCAGUUUCUGCCUUUGCUUUUUAUAAUUUUUUUCUCUUUCAUUGUUUGGCUUCUAGAUAUCAUUUCUUGCUGCUCUUAUUCUUUAGUAGGCCUUCAUCAGCAUUCCCACCCCUUUUAAGAUUUGCUUCCAUUCUAAUGUGCCAUGGAUUGAGAAACCAGAUAAUUAACUUUUUUUAGAAUUAUACUUAAAAUAGCAGGAAAUAGUUUCUAAAAAGAGUCUCUCCUAUAAGUAAAGUGUGUUAACUUUGUGGCGUCUAGUUUGGCUGUUCAGAGCCUUUUUAAGUAGCUUCCUAGUUCUCAUUUGUUCUCAUUGUUCUCAUUUCUGGAGAGUUUAAUCUGUUGGAUAACAACUCCCAGAUAAGUGAGGUAGCACAAUA